AUGGCCCUGAUGCAGGCUCCAGGGGGCCCCAGCCCUGGGCAGACCUGCGCACUGAUCCUGAUCUUCACCGUGCUCCUGCAGGCCCUCUGUGUGGCCGUGACUUACGUGUACUUCACCAACGAGCUGAAGCAGAUGCAGGACAAGUACUCCAAAAGUGGCAUAGCUUGCUUCUUAAAGGACGAUGACAGUUCUUGGGAUGCCAGUGAUGACGAGAGUAUGAUCAACCCCUGCUGGCAUGUGAAGUGGCAACUCCGUCAGUUUGUUAGAAAGAUCAUUUUGAGAACCUAUGAGGAAACCAUUCCUUCAAUUCCAGAAAAGCAACAAAAUAUUCCUCACCUAGAAAGAGAAAAAGGUCCUCAGAGGGUAGCUGCUCACAUAACUGGGACCAAUCGGACGAGCACAUUCUCAGUUCUAAGCUCCAAGAACGAAAAAGCUUUGGGCCAGAAAAUAAAUUCCUGGGAGUCGUCAAGAAAAGGACAUUCAUUCUUGAAUAAUUUGCACUUGAGGAAUGGAGAGCUGGUUAUCCACCAAACAGGGUUUUAUUACAUCUAUUCCCAAACAUACUUUCGAUUUCAGGAAACUGAGGAGGUUUUGGGAACAGUUUCAACAGAAGAGAACAGAAAGAAAAACAAACAAAUGGUACAAUAUAUUUACAAAUGCACGAGCUAUCCUGACCCCAUACUGCUGAUGAAAAGUGCUAGAAAUAGUUGUUGGUCUAAAGAUUCAGAAUAUGGACUCUAUUCCAUCUAUCAAGGUGGAAUAUUUGAGCUUAAGGAAAAUGAUCGAAUUUUUGUCUCUGUGACUAAUGAGCAAUUGAUUGACAUGGACCAAGAAGCCAGUUUUUUCGGGGCCUUUUUAAUUGGCUAA